AACAUCAUGCUGUUUGCUUUUGUCACGUUGUGGAUGUGGCGGGGGAAGCACUGGCCCCGCUCCAGCCCAGACCACCCAGCGAGCCACGCAGAGCUACCGGCAGCGCACACCCCAGUUCAAAGGAGCUGAGCAAGGAGCAGGACGAUGUUUGACAACACACAGUACCCCUAUAACUGCUUUAAUUAUGAUGGGGAUGAUUAUCCUACCUGUAGUUCUGACGAAGAGAAAAAAUUCACCAGACCGGCGUAUAGCUACAUUGCCUUAAUUGCAAUGGCCAUCCAGCAAAGUCCUUCAAAUAAAGUCACCCUCUCUGGCAUUUAUGACUUUAUAAUGAAGAAAUUUCCUUACUACAGAUCAAAUCAAAGAGCCUGGCAGAACUCCAUCCGACAUAACUUAUCAUUAAACAGUUGUUUUGUGAAGGUUCCCAGAACAGAAGGGAAUGAGAAGGGGAAAGGAAACUAUUGGAGCUUUGCAACGGGAUGCGAAUCCAUGCUGGAUCUCUUUGAAAAUGGGAAUUACAGGAGAAGACGGAGGAGGAGGAACAUGAAAAGGGAACAUAAAGAGCAGAGAUCAAGCAGAGGGAAAGGUUCUUCAUCCCCUGAUAUGUCUCCUAUGGACUCUGCUUUUAACAGUAUUUCCUCUUCUGAAAGUAAACACGAAAGAAUUGGAUCAGGACCAAGACUACUGGAGCCUCGUGGGUUUGCUCCAAACAGCACGACCAGCAGGCAGAGCCUGAGCAAUUCCUCCUUAGCAAAAUCGGAUUCUGAAAUUAAAUUCAGCAUCGAUUACAUUCUUUCAGCCCCUGACCCUUUGCCUGUCCUGAGAUCUCAGUACAAUAUGCAAGAAAAUAAAUACCAUCUACUGGAGGCCCAGCAGAUUAAUCUCCAGUUCUGGACAAUGUGAUGUUAUUUAUACAUGGUAACAAAAUCUGAGUUGCAGUGUAUUCAGCAGCCUCAUGUCACUGAAAAUCAGCCAUCUGCCUCCUUUUUCUCUCCCCGAGCAGUACGCAGAAAGGGUUACUGAUUCACCAGCUGGUACUCUGUCUAUCCCCAAAGAACUUUGCUAAGGUUAAAGUCUAAAUAACUGUAACCAAUAACAGUUUUUGCUAUGCUGAAAUACAUGAAAUUCUAGCUUUGUUUUCUAAAAUACCGUGGACAUCACCAACCACCACACAGAAUUUCCUUUUUUAAGCAAAAUCCGACAGAAAAGAGACUUGCUCAUCACCCAACACUUUAUUAGAGACAAAGUGAAUCGGAUUCCACUUUCACUGGUGGAAAUUAGUAUCAAUUCCACCGAAGUGUAUAGGUCAGAUCUUGAGCUGAUCUAAAACAGUGUAAUUCUGUUGAUAUGUGCUGCCUGAGAAUGUAAUGAGUUGGGCAGGGGGGGCUUUGUUUUCUUAAAAGGAAUCACAGAAAAUCACUCUGUCUUCCCUUAAUUUUAAUUUUAGCAUCAUGUCUCAAACUGUUGUGUACUAUGCAGUUUUAAUCCAUCUUUAUUUAGUAAAUGUAUCUAUUAAUAAGUGUUUAAGGUAUAUUUUUGUCGAUAUUCAGGACAGACUGGUUUAAACUGUUAAAGUUGUAUUCAGAAAAACUCCACGAAAGCAAAUUGCAAGGCUGUUGAACUCUGGUAGACAUUGAUGGAUAAUGUGGCAGAGGCGUAGCGUCUCCUAAUACUUUGAUAUAAAAGCAAAAAGAACACUUUCCCCUGGUACUAUCAAAAAGCUUCCUGAGAUGCUACAGGAAAUUCCUUGAACGUAUUUCAUUUAGCAAGUAUGAAGGGAGACACAUUUUUCCAAGAAGCUGUGUUCAGUGUCAACCGAAGCCAAAAUUCCACCCACCUGCUUUGAGACAAGUUGUAUAUUCUUAUUAAACAGAUUUUUAUUGAUCCUUCUUGUGAGCAACUACCAAAGUGGUACCUGAUAUGAUUUCAGGAAAGCUGGUGAGAUUUAUAAUUUACAGAUAGCAAUGUUAGAUAAUGAGCUCCAUUUCUAAUGAAAGCCCUUUCAUUACCAUUUACAUGCAGCAGGGUGUUUCAGGACAGAACCUGAUGGACUAUGAUGAACUGUAACUAGCAUUUAAGAACUUGUUCUUAUAUAACUUGCUCAUGAUAAAUUGCUUCCCAGUACCUAAUGGCAGCAUCAGCAGAGACACUACAAAAUCUUGGUUUUGGCUUGGCUACUAAAAACUUUGCCUUUUGAAGAUAAAAGAAGAAAAAAAAAAAAGGAAAAAAAGAAAGAAAAAAAAGAAAAAAAUACAAGGAUUCUAGUGGUUUUAAGCAAUCACAUAUAUAGAGAUAAAAUUAUCUUUACAACAUGAACUAAAGGUAAAUGAAGGUAUAUGAGAUAAGAUUAAGCAAAUUGUGCUAGAGGAAUGCUCAAGCAUGACUUGAAUUUUUAUGCAGAAGCUUUGACAUUUCACUAAGUUAUUUUACAUUGUGUCUAAUAUAUACUGUACAUUUAUACUAUAUAUUCUUAUAUAUUGUUAUUGAGAAAAGGAGCAAUAUUACUGUACUUAUAUGUUGUAAAAAUGCAUGAUGUAUGUUGCUAUGAUGCUGAAAGUCCUGCCAUGUACUGAAAAUUUACCAUCAGCAGUAUUUCAUGCCGAUUGGUAAUAAAGGCUCAUUUUGGGGAAAACUAUAAAACUUGCUAUCUUCUGGCAUUUCCAUAGCAUGCAAAAGUCUUUGCUUCUUCAAAAAAGUCAAAAUGGAAAAUCAUGUCAAAGUCACAUCACUGCGUGUCUCCCAAACUGUCAAGGGAUGCCUCUUGUGACCAAAUUCUGCCUUCAAAUGGGAGUUUUCAGUUCCUGUGAAUCAAUGGUUGUUCUAGGUUAUUAUCUGAAAGCAAAAUUUGACUCAUUAGACCCAACUGAUCGUCUGUUUACAAUGAUGUUAGAAAAAGACGAAAACCUCUGGGGUCACUGGGAAGAUGGAUUCUCAUUUGAAGAUAAAUGAGAAUUUGCUCCUUUAGUAUUUAUAUUCAGUAGUCAAUAGGUGUGGGAAGCAUGUCUGCAGUGAGUACCUCAGUAUAUGCAUGCACUCACGUGUGUCGAUAUGUGUGCACCUCUACAUUUAUAUAUUCAUGCUUAAUAUUCAUAUUUUUUCUUGAUUGUUUUAAACAUGCAAUGCUGCUGUUAAGCUGAUAGUUAUAGUACAC